ACACACACACACACACACACACACACACAUAUAUACAAACUGGGUUUUUUCUCCAUUUCCCACAGCUAAGUUUGUGAUGAGCACAUGAUUGCUGUAUGUGUAAAUAUUGGAAAUCAGAAUGUAUAUAAACAGUCGCAACAGCUGGAUGAUAUCUGUGUGAAUUGAAGACCUUAACAGGCAACUGCCUCUACAAGUUAACAAGCGCAAACAAGAUGAAGAAGCUCUGCAUCCUGCUUAUGUUUGGGACCCUGUCCGUCCUUGUUUACGGAAUGCCGCCAAUCAGUAGGGACUACAACACACACUGUCGGUGCCUUCAGGUGGAGUCGAGGAUCAUCCCUCCAGACAAUCUGAGGAGCAUCAAGCUCGUCCCUGAAGGGCCCCACUGCCCGGAUAUAGAAGUCAUAGCUGGACUGGUGAAUGGGGAGAAAGUGUGCCUGAACCCUCGGUCCUCCUGGGUGAAGAAGCUUAUCGACUUUGUUCUUAAGAAACAAUUACAUCAGCAGGGAGGAGACGCACUGCCUAAGAAUCGAGGAUAAUACCAUGGUAAAAAAUGAAAAACAUGUUGCAACUGAAGCUGUUUAUACUAAUAACUUCUUUCUGCAACUAUGAGCCAAGCUGUUUUACUUAAUUAAAUCACAACAUUUAACCCAAGUUGUGUAACUUAAAUAACUUUUCUGUUGUUAUUGUUAAUAUUUUCUAAAACAUUUCUAAGUAACAUUGAUUCUGGACUUAUAUUGACGUUUGUGUUAGAGCACUUCAAAAACAGAUGUGUGUGAUUAUGUUAAGGAAGUAGUUGUAAGACUUGCUUAAGUUAUUUAAUUGUGCUCAAGUGUGACGUUAAUAUGUUAAUCGUUAUUCUGUGUAGAAAGUUUGGUUGUAUGACCUUUUGAAAGCAGAUGAAUGUAGCACGAAAUAUGUCAUACUAUGUAAUACUGUGUGGAGCUUCUCCAACAUAUCAUUUGCUUUGUUAAACCCCUAUCCAUAUAUCUAAUGCAAGGC